AUGGCAAUAAUGAAUGAAACCCACCCUGAGGAGUUUAUUCUACUGGGCUUUGCUGACCGACCUUGGCUGGAGCUCCCUCUGUUCACUAUUCUUUUGAUAACAUACCCUCUAGCCAUGAUUGGAAACAUUGUCAUCAUCUUGGUGUCCAAGUUGGACCCUCGUCUCCACAGCCCCAUGUACUUCCUCCUCACCAACCUCUCCUUUCUGGACAUGUGUUAUACCACAAGCAUUGUCCCCCAGAUGCUCUUUAACUUGGGAAGCUCUAAGAAGAGCAUCACCUAUCUGGGGUGUGCAGUUCAGCUUUAUUUCUUCCAUAUAAUGGGAGGCACAGAGUGUCUGCUCUUGGCCAUUAUGUCCUUUGACCGCUAUGUGGCCAUCUGUAGGCCUUUGCACUAUACUCUUAUCAUGAAUCAGCGAGUCUGCCUUCUCCUAAUAUCCAUAGUGUGGAUGACUGGGAUUACCUAUGCUGUCUCAGAGGCCACUGUUACACUGCAGCUGCCACUAUGUGGCAUCAAUAAACUGGAUCACCUGGUGUGUGAGAUUCCAGUUCUGAUCAAGACCGCCUGUGGUGAAAAGGAGGCUAAUGAGCUUGCAUUGUCUGUGGUGUGCAUCUUUAUGUUAGCUGUCCCUCUGUGUUUAAUUCUUGCUUCUUAUGCCAGUAUUGGACAUGCUAUACUUAAGAUGAAAUCUGAGGGGAGGAAAAAGGCCUUUGGAACAUGUUCCUCUCACCUCCUUGUGGUUUUCCUGUUUUACGGUCCAGCCAUCAGCAUGUAUCUCCAGCCCCCCACCUCCAUCUCCAGGGACCAGCCCAAGUUCAUGGCUCUCUUCUAUGGAGUGGUGACUCCUACCCUCAACCCCUUCAUCUACACCCUGCGGAAUAAGGAUGUGAAGGGGGGAUUAGGAAGGCUGGUGAGGGGCAUUUUUAGCUCCAAGUGA